GGCGGGAAAUUGUAGAAAACACUUCGAAUUUGAGGCCAAAAAGUUAAUUUUGGAACUGCCGAAAGAGAGAGAGAGAGAGAGAGAAAUGGCGGAAUUUGAAGACGAAGAAUUCCUAUCUCAGCUCGCCGCAGCUGAAGCCGCAGCUCUUUCCGCCGCCGCCAAACGCCGCCGCAUCUCAGCCGCCGCCGCCGCCACUCAGUCAAAGCUCCACGUCAGCACCAAUAACCCGAUCAGUGUGGAAGAAGGAGCUUAUAUUGCGGUUCUCAAAGGCAACAAAAGCGUUUUAUUCCAACAAAAAAAAGGAUCUCCGAUUAACAACAGCUACAAAUCACACAGCAGUUCCGAUGUUGCUGGUGAUUCGUGUUUUAAGUGCGGGAAAUCAGGGCACUGGUCUCGUGAUUGCGAUGCUAAUCCACUAAAUCCUGAUUCUGCCAACUUUCCUGAGAAGAAAUGUGCGUGUGGAUCCGGUAAUUGCCUUGUACUUACUGCUAAUACUGAGAAGAAUCCUGGCCGUAAGUUCUACAAAUGCCCUAUCAGACAGGAGAAUGGUGGUUGUGGAUUCUUCGAGUGGUGUGACCAACCUUCAGUUACUGAUACUCUGACCACCCGAGGCCCGAGUUACUCUGUUAGUUCCUCCUUCCCGGAGCUUUCAUGUCCAUGUGGUUCUGGCACAUGCCUAGUUUUGACUGCCAAAACAGGAAAAAAUAUUGGUCGGCAGUUCUACCGAUGUCCAUCUAAUCAGGAAAGUUGUGGGUUCUUCAAAUGGUGUAACGAAAACACAGCCAAUGCUAGCUUCUCAAAUUCGUGCAACAGCUCUCAAACUAAUCCAAAAAUGGAUGGCUCAAUCAACAAAAUCCACAGUUCAGUUACUUCUUCUUGUUUCAAAUGUGGCAAUGCUGGGCACUGGGCAAAAGAUUGUCCCCAGUCGUCUUCUGAACGCUCUGCUGCUGAUGGAGGGAUGAAGUAUUCCAAUUCAAGCACUUGUUUUAAGUGUGGUAAGCCUGGUCACUGGGCCAAGGACUGUUCAUCCAACUGAUUCCAGAGCAGUGAUGGGUGUUAGGUGGAUUCCCUUGUAGAUUUUAAGAAUUGCAAAUAAACGUAGACUUGAUAAGUCAAGUUCCUUUAGCUUCGAGUAGACGGUGAAACAUCUGAAGGCACUGGUAUAAUUUUGAUGUAAAUACUGCGACCUCAACCCCCCAAGAAAAGAUGUUUGUUUUCUUUGAACACCUAAUCAGCCUCAAGUUGCAGUUAAUGAGUAUAUGUGAUCUUGGAUUUUGCUGA